AUGUCGAAUCCAAACAGGGAAAUCCGGAUUGCGUACGUACCUUCAGUGUCUUCGAGUCAAUGUAUUGACGCUCUUUCUAGCGUCAUGGGCGCAACCGGUAGUGGUAAAUCCACGUUUAUCAAUAAGGCUAGCGGGUCGAACCUCCCCGUUGGCCGCGGCCUCGAGAGUUGCACCAGCGAAGUGCGAACUUCACGGCCCUUUGUCGUCAGCGGGCGUAUCGUGACCCUGAUCGAUACGCCCGGCUUUGAUGAUACAAGCCGAAGUGAUACCGACAUUUUGACCAUGAUCGCCGCAUAUCUCACCAAGACCUACGAACAUGGCGCCAGACUCUCUGGCGUCAUCUACAUGCACCGCAUCUCUGACUUCAGGAUGGGUGGCACGUCCAAGCGCAACUUCAAGAUCUUCCGCGAGCUUUGCGGAGAAACCUCACUCAAAAACGUUAUCAUCGUGACCAACAUGUGGUCAGAAGUGAGACGUGAGAUUGGCGAGGCCAGAGAGGCCGAACUUGCAGGCAAGGACAAAUUCUUCAAGCCUGUGCUUGAGAAGGGCGCUCGGAUGCUCCGUCACGAUGGCACCCUCGAGUCCGCACAUACCACCCUCCGCUAUCUCAUCAACAGCCAAACCGCUACGCUCCGCAUUCAACAGGAAAUCGUCAACGAGCACAAGCCCAUCGAGCAGACCGCUGCGGGCUCUGAGCUGAGGCGCGCUCUCGACGAACAAGCGGAUCACCACAAAGAGGAGAUCCAUAAUCUUCGGGCAGAGAUGGAAGCCGCUAUGCGCGCCAAAGACGAGGAGACGAGGGGCGAACUUCAGGAAGAGCUUGAGAAAAAGCAGCAGGAAUGCACACGCAUCGAGGAAAGCGCUCAGCGCAUGGCAGCCGAGUUCGCUGCCGAGCGCGCACGCCUCGAGGCUCUAAUCCUGCGGAUGGAGGACGAGCAGAAGAAGCAGCACCAGACGCUGCAG